CUAGUCAGAAUCCAACUAUGUACUCUACUAAUAAAAAGUUGGGUUAUAAAAGAUUGGCCAAGAUGAGAAAAUAAGUUUACUUUCUCGUGUGGGAUCACAGGAGAAGUAACAGCUUCCUCCGUCAACCACGCACUUCACUGAUUUAGUCAGACUUGUUCUUCUUCGAUUUCAAACGAACUGCAAAACAUAUUAAUCAAGAUCAGACACAGAGUUUGAUUUUUGCUGCUAAAAAUAGAUGGAUUCUUCUUACUCCUUUGCCUUGGGGACAAGCAGUUCUAUUUUGCCAAAACUCUGUUUCAAAAAUGCAGAGAACAGGUUUUUGGGUGAGAAGAUCAACAACAAUGGUUUCUUUAAACGUUUUAGAUCAGAUGUUGUCUCCAAGAAGUUUGGAAAUCGAAAGUUUAAGCACGGUGUUGUUUACGCUGUUGCCACUUCUAAUAAUCCAAAAGAGGCUAUGACAGUAAAGCCUUCAAUGUUUGAGAGAAGAAAGGCAGACCCGCAAAACGUGGCUGCAAUCAUUCUAGGAGGAGGCAAUGGUGCUAAACUCUUCCCUCUUACAAAGAGAGCUGCAACACCUGCUGUUCCUGUUGGUGGAUGCUACCGACUGAUUGAUAUCCCGAUGAGUAACUGCAUUAACAGCUGCAUAAACAAGAUCUUUGUGCUUACACAGUUCAACUCGGCUUCCCUCAAUCGACAUUUAGCACGCACUUAUUUUGGGAAUGGCAUAAACUUUGGAGGUGGUUUUGUAGAGGUCCUUGCUGCUACGCAAACACCAGGGGAAGCAGGGAAGAAGUGGUUUCAAGGAACAGCAGAUGCUGUCAGAAAAUUUCUUUGGGUGUUUGAGGAUGCCAAGAACAGGAACAUUGAGAACAUACUUAUUUUGUCUGGGGAUCAUCUCUAUAGAAUGAACUACAUGGAUUUUGUUCAGUCUCAUGUAGAUAGUAACGCAGACGUUACUCUUUCGUGCGCACCAGUUAGUGGAAGCCGUGCAUCGAAUUUUGGUCUAGUGAAGAUUGAUCGAGGAGGGCGUGUUAUCCAAUUCUCUGAGAAACCAACAGGAACUGAUCUAAAAUCAAUGCAAACGGACACAACUCUGCUUGGACUGUCUGAUCAAGAAGCAACAGAUACUCCAUACAUUGCAUCAAUGGGAGUUUAUUGUUUCAAAACUGAAGCUUUGCUGAACCUUCUAACAAGACAGUAUCCGAGUUCCAAUGACUUUGGAUCUGAAAUUAUUCCUGCAGCCAUAAGGGAUCACAGUGUGCAAGGAUAUAUUUUCCGGGACUACUGGGAGGAUAUUGGGACUAUAAAGACAUUCUAUGAGGCUAACUUAGCUCUUGUUGAGGAGAGACCAAAAUUUGAGUUUUAUGAUCCAGACACUCCAUUCUACACAUCUCCACGGUUCCUCCCACCAACCAAAACUGAGAAAUGCCGUAUGGUAGAUUCCAUAAUCUCGCACGGAUGUUUCUUGCGAGAAUGCAGCGUUCAACGUUCCAUCAUUGGUGAACGGUCACGUCUAGACUAUGGAGUUGAGCUUCAGGAUACAUUGAUGUUAGGUGCAGAUUACUACCAAACUGAAUCUGAGAUUGCAUCUCUAUUAGCAGAAGGAAAGGUUCCAAUUGGUAUUGGUAAAGACACAAAGAUCAGGAAAUGCAUCAUUGACAAGAAUGCUAAGAUCGGUAAAAACGUGAUCAUCAUGAACAAAGGGGAUGUUCAAGAAGCGGAUAGGCCAGAGGAAGGGUUCUACAUUCGAUCUGGAAUCACUGUGAUAGUCGAAAAAGCGACAAUUGAAGACGGUACUGUCAUAUGAAUGGAGCUUGAAAGUUGCGAUCUUUUUUAGACCGCGGAUCAACAAUCUAGCCGGAGGCUUUUUUAGCCUAAGAUCAUAAGAGAACGAACAGCUUUGGUCUUGUUUUUCCCGGCAGUGUGUAUGUAUAUUUAAAUGAGCUCAAGCUUCGUUAAACUUUAUUAUAUAAGAGAUAUAGAAAUGUAGAGAACAAUACGAACACAGUGGAGGUCUGACCGGAGCUCCGGCGACAGAAUACUGAUCGGCCGAUCUCUCUCUCUUUUCACCUUUUGUAUUUAGAAUCUUUGAUGAUUCUCUUUAUAUUAUUAACAAAUAAGCUAUUUAUCUUA